CUACCCAAUGUCCAAUGCCAGAGAACGGAGCGCUGAGCCCUGAAGGAGCGAACUCCUACAAUGACGUGGUGACGUUCACCUGUAACCAGGGGUACCAGCUGGAAGGAGCCUCUAGUGUGAGGUGCCAGGCGGACCGAACUUGGAGUGGUCCUGUUCCAACAUGCACAGAUAUUGACGAAUGUGCAACAGACAACGGUGGAUGUGCCGAAACCUGCACCAACGUCCCAGGAAGUUACACCUGUUCCUGUCGUCAGGGUUACGUGUUAAUGCCAGACAAGCUUGGAUGCGAAGACACUGACGAAUGUGCAACAGACAACGGUGGAUGUGCCCAAACCUGCACCAACGUCCCAGGAAGUUACAACUGUUCCUGUCGUCAGGGUUACGUGUUAAUGCCAGACAAGCUUGGAUGCGAAGUGUGCGGCCACUGCCUGGGCGGGGACGUGAACUGUGACCCAGUAUCGGGUGUCUGCUCGGCUGGCUGCCAGGAUGGAUGGAAAACACAGCUUUGUGAUAAAGCUGUGGAUCCACCAAUGGACCUGACCGUAACUGACAUCACGGACGAAGGGUUCAAGGUCACCUGGUCUCCAUCCCCUGACCCUGACCUUCAGGGGUACCGUGUGGUGGUGUCCGAGCUGGACAUGACGACAGCUGUCAAUCAGAGCACAAUUCAGACAUGGCUUCAGGUGGUGGGACUGACACUGGAAACUGAUUACAUCAUCAGGGUGACGGUGUCGGUCCUGUCUGAUGGUAGCUGGGCACAGAGCAACGCGACAACGGCAGAGGCAACCACAAGAAUGGUCUCCUCCACUGCCCUGGAGUUUGUUCCUGUGACUGAGACGACCACCUCGCUGGGGUUCACCUGGGUGCCCCCUGAAGCGGUCGUGACCGGAUACCGCAUCAUGUACGGACAGGAGGCGGCAACAGAACAGCUCAGCCCCUCCCCGGGUCCAGGAGAGAGCUCUGCUCUCAUUGGCGGCCUCCAGCCCGCUGUGAUGUACAAGGUGGAGAUCAUCACCAUCGGAGUUCGCCAGGAAAGUCUGCCUCUAGUCGGCCAGAAGGAGACUGAGCCUGACGAAUGUGCGACCGAGAACGGCCGGUGUGACCAGAUCUGCACCAACGUCCCCGGGAGCUACAGGUGCUUCUGCCGUCAUGGAUUUGUGCUCAUCGAAGACUCGCACGGCUGUCGAGUGUGCGGCCACUGCCUGGGCGGGGACGUGAACUGUGACCCAGUAUCGGGUGUCUGCUCAGCUGGCUGCCAGGAUGGAUGGAAAACACAGCUUUGUGAUAAAGCUGUGGAUCCACCGAUGGACCUGACCGUAACUGACAUCACGGACGAAGGGUUCAAGGUCACCUGGUCUCCAUCCCCUGAUCCUGACCUUCAGGGGUACCGUGUGGUGGUGUCCGAGCUGGACAUGACGACAGCUGCCAAUCAGAGCACUGACGAGGCGUGGUUUCCGGUGGUCGGUCUGUUCCCGGAGACUGCUUACAUCAUCAGGGUGACGGCCCUGUUCUCUUCAGGUGGUUGGAGGUCACAGAGCGAGGCGGCAGUGAUACCGGCACGCACAGCCGCCACACCAACCACAAUUCCUCCAACCACAAUUCCUGCUGCUACAACCCAGCAGACAAGUCGGAUGACCACCCGCCUUUCCACCAAACCUGCGACUUCGACCGUACAACAUGCACCUGAAGCUGGGUGGGACGAGGAAUCAUCUGAUGACGCCACCACACCAUCAGCUGCUGAAACAACUAAGCAGACAAGUGGGAUGUCCCACAUCCAUGUCCACCAGACCCUCGACUCCAACUGCACAACUCGGAUCGGAUACCGAUGUUGA